AUGGUUCUUGUUAAAGGAAGAGAAGAUGCUGUUUAUACCCUUAUCCUUACAAUUGUAGAACAUUUUAACGGUAGAUUUACCAAUCAGCAUGAGACCAUCCGUACAUUACUAAAUGGGCUUAGAUGUAGGACCCUUAUUGAAUUUAGAUGGUACAAAGAUACUUUUAUGAGUAGGGUUAUGGAGCUACCCAAAAACAAGUAUGAACAUUGGAAAGCUAAGUUUAUAGACAGCCUUCCCUCCUUAUUUGCUGAAAGAGUAAGAAAAGCGUUAAGAGGUAGUUACGGUGAAAUUUCGUAUGGAAAUUAUACCUAUGGUAAACUUAUAGGAGUGUGUACACAAGAACGUUUAAACUUGUGUAAUGAGCUGAACCUUUCUAGACAGCUUAAGAUUGAUAAGCUUAAAGAGAAAUCCCAAUUAGGUGACUUCUGUACCCAGUUCGGUUUACUCGGAACCUAUACUCAUAGUAAGAAGAUGAGGAAAAACAGAUAUCAUAGGUAUACUAACCCUGAUAGCCCGUAUAAGAAAAAGAGGUCUAGAUAUAGAUAUAAGGAAGAGCGUGAUACUAGAAAAGUGCAUCGGAAAUCUACUCGAUUUACGAAGAAUAGAUCAAAGAGAGAUCUCGCUGAUAUUAAGUGUUAUAAGUGUGGAAAAUUUGGGCAUGUCGCUCCAAAUUGCAAGAUUCAAAAGCUAAAGGCCUUAGAACUAGAUGAUGGGUUACGUGACAAAGUUUAUAACUUGUUAUACACUUCCGGAUCUUCUGAUUAUACUUAUUCUGAGACUAAGUCUGAAGCGGAGAUUGAUCUGAUAGAUUCAUCUGAAAGUAGUAAAGAUUGGAUAAUACUUGCGCUGCUUGUAAAGAUGGCUGUUGAUGUUUGCGCAGAUCACCCUAGUGCCUUUUGGAACCGAAAAAGGCAUAUUGUAACUCUUCCUUACGAAGAAAACUUCUCCGAGGAUGAUAUCCCCACUAAAUCUCGACCUUGCCAGAUGAAUGCUGAAUUGGUCGAAUUCUGCAAAAAUAAAUUG